AACCCCUCCUCCCCCCUCCCCCCCUAUCUCCUCCCUACAGAGUUCUCCUCCUCUCCAUCUUCGUGUUCUGCAUCAUGUUCUCCCUCCUGCCGCUGUUCAACAUCGGCCAGCUGUUCUUGCAGCACCCUGGGACCUGGUGCUUCCCCAACCUUCACCUGUGCCCGACGACCCCUCUGAGGCACCGGUUCUUCACGACGACUAUGGGAGUCAUCAACAUAUCUAAUCUCGUGGUCAUCGUUGUCUGUAAUGUGCUCGUUGUGGGAAACCUCCUGAAGAUGCGGGUGAGUCGCCACCUUCCUUCGGACCACCACAGGAACAACUUCAGGUUCAGGGGCGGCUGGGACCACGAACUUCAGAUGGUUCUUGUGCUCUUGGCCAUCACCUGCGUGGCGAUCGUGUCGUGGGGGCCGCUUGAUACCAUCCUGAUAACCAACCAGUUCUGGCCGCCGCACGUGAAGCCCGAGGAUCAUAUGGGCGAGUUGCAGGCCGUUCGACUCGCCUCCGUCAACCAGAUCGCGGACCCCUGGAUCUACAUCAUCGUGCGGGUGUUCUUCAAGUCACGCGCCGUCAAGUGCUGCCGGCGCGCUUUCCUCGGCCGCGGCUUCUCCCGUCGGGGCGAAGGCAGCUUCCACAUGCCCUCUCUCCUGCAGGGAAGGAAGGUCUCGCGCACCAACACUCCUCCCAAGGACUCCCUCGCCAACGGGAAGAAAGAGGGCCCGCCCCCCGAGGACGCCGCCCCCGCCGCCCCUCAGCCUCCCAAGAGCAUCCCCGCCCACAAGUCCUCCUACUACAGCGACUCCGGCACCGGCUCCUACUCGGGCGUGGACGUUCCGUUGGUCGCGGGCGUGGAGGUGCCCUUAGUCGACGGGGUGGAGGCGCAGGCACUGUCGCAGGACGCCCUCCUACGCCCGGGCUCCAAGGGCGGCUCCCUCCACCAGACCCUGAGCAAGAGCCUGUCCGUAGUGAUACCCAUCCCGCUCUUCACCUCCGAGCAGUACCGCGUGGCUGCCUGUGGGCGUGGCGAGUGUGGGGGCGGACACUACUGCCUGGUGGGCGGCGACCAUCACCUCGACUGCUUCUCUCGUCCCGUGCAGAGGUUCAGCUCGUCUGCUUCUGCUUGCGAGCGUAGCAGGUCGCCCUUCAUUACAGUCAGCGACUGUGAAGACACGGGCGUCUUCCGCAGCAAGUCCUGGAGCUGCCAUACGCACCAGGAUCCGCAGCCGCAGUACCGCACUCAGAGCACCCAGACUCUCACCUGCGGCUACCCCUGCGCCGACGAUGCCCAAGGUGCUCCUCAGCCCCCGACGCACCUCAAGGCCAGCCACCAACCCGUCAGCUGCGAGACGCCCUUGCUGACAGGAACCGCGCCUCAGGACCACCUCUUCGUCGCUGACUGUGGUCGGGGGAAGCUCGAAGCUCAGCAACAGCAGGCGACUCCGAGCAAAGCUGACUUUCCGAAACAGUUCGAAUCAAAGGGUUGACUUCUGAGCUUUUGAAACUGUCUAGGUGUCCAAGUGCGUUCGAUUUUCCCUCAAUUUAGUCUCGUAUAGAGCUACAUUUUUUGGAAUCCUUUGUGUCUGUGCUAAAAAAAACAAACAAACAAAAAAAAAAAAACUGUUGGUGUUUCAUAAACAGUAGAAUUUAAGGCUCUGGUGCUGUGUUUAACACGUUGAUUUCCUUCAUUGAUUGUGAUAAGGAGACUUCGUGUAAGUUUACCUACGUGUUAUAGACAUGAAGAAACACGAUACUUCAAGGAUCUCUUUUUGAUUUUUAAAAGAGAAUUCUAUUGCAAGACGAGUGAAUGAAAAUGAUUUUUAUUUUGAUUCCGUCUUUUAUGGUAACUACAUUCUAUAGUGUUCGUAGCAAACUCUCUAGUCAUAUGCAUUAUUAUUUUUCUAUAGCUUUUUAUAUCAACAAAUUAAUUUUGUAAUGGAUAAUGGAUAUUUUAUAAACACUUAAAUGUGUAGAUACUUAACAUAAAGCUAAUAUUGUAUGCAUGAUUUAAGCUUAAACCACUAAGCAUAUAUUUCUUGUUGUUGACUGUGGUUAUCAGGGAAACAACACGGUCAUAACUCCUCAAGAGAAUGUUUUAAAUGUAUAUAAGUUUAUAUAUAUAUAUAUAUGUGUGUGUGUGUGUGUGUGUGUGUGUGUGUGUGUGUGUGUGUGUGUGUGUGUGUGUGUGUGUGUGUGUAUGUGUAUGUGUGUGUGUGUAUGUGUGUGUAUGUGUGUGUGUGUGUGUGUGUGUGUGUGUGUGUGUGUGUGUGUGUGUGUGUGUGUGUGUAUGUAUGUCUGUACUCCUCAUUUGAGACUGUGUUGUUAGUUGGCAGCAAAUUCAUAUUUAGAUUAUAUUCCCAAUCAUGAAACAAUUCUACAAAUGUACAUAAUCCUAAACUUGAAAGACAGACGAUCAAAGUUCCUUCGCCUUGCCACAGAGACGCAAAAGGAGGAAACAAAAUGGAUGAAAAGUUCCCUAAAUACCUUUUGCAGAAUUUCCAAAGAAUUUUCAAACCCGCCCCGAUGAGGAGAAAUGAUGGCAAACCUCUCGUACAAAUUAUUAAAUUAUUAUUAUUAAAUGUUCUGUAAUAUGAUAUCAAUAUUACCUGAGAUGAAAGACACAAUCCUUCUGCCAGAUGCAACAAUUCUUUUAUAAAGAACUGACAAUUGGAAACUAUUUAUUUUAUUUGUUCUCCUUAUUUUUUGUUUGUUUAUGUUUUCUCAUCAGUGAUUAUUGUUUUAGGAAUUCGGGUAUAUAUUAGGUAAUUCAAGAUCAUUUCUAUGUGCCCCAAGAUGUAUAUGAUUAAUGUUUGUUGUAUCAUACGAAUUGUAAUAUAUCUAGAUCUGUUUGUCGCUCUCUCUCUCUCUCUCUCUCUCUCUCUCUCUCUCUCUCUCUCUCUCUCUCUCUCUCUCUCUCUCUCUCUCUCUCUC